AUGCCUGUAACACUACCAGAUAAGGAUUUGAAAGACUAUUCUUGCUUGACGUGUCGCCAGCGCAAGGUUAGAUGCGAUCGGCGCGCGCCGUGUUCCAAUUGCAUCAAGGCAGAGAAAGAAUGCAGUUUCAUCCCCCCUACCCGUGGCAAGCGGAAAAGGACCAAGCCGCGCAAAGAAGGCCUUCAUGCCAAAUUGAAACGAUAUGAGGACUUUUUAAGAUCGCAUGGUGUGAAGUUGGAGACACCCGAAGAUGCUAGCAGCGACACAGACUUCGAGAUGGAAUCUCAGCAUCAAGCUGGAAUGCUUGUAGAGGUAGCUAUACCUCAGAUCAACAACUUCCCUGAAAACGAGGCAACAAAACCGAAGCUCAUAACGAAAGAGGGAGUAUCGAGAUACUUUGAUAGUGCUCCUUGGUCAAAUUUAGGUGAUGAGCAUCCAGAAGUUGGCGAAAUGGAUGGUUCGGGUGACGGGUUAAAUGUCUUCGAAAGCGCCAUGUUUCUAGAGCCUGAGCAGGAAAGCAGAUUCGAGAAUCUUGCUAGGCUGCACCCGCAUCAUGACAUAUUGCAUAAAUUAAGAGAAAUUUUCACAGAUCGGGUUGAUCCUUUGAUUAAAAUCCUCCAUUUUCCGACCUUCUGGGCUGCCUUAUCGAACGGUUUACAGCAUUCUCGCCUGUCUAAAAGUUUGGAAGCAGGGGUGUUUGCUUUUUAUCUUGUGACUAUUGGUGCCAUGCAGGAAGAUGAGUGUCGUGAUAUGUUUGGAGCGGAGAAAGCGACCAUAUUUUCCCGCUAUAGACAUGCAACUCGGCAGGCGUUGAUCAAUGCGAGAUUCUUAUCAACUUCUAGCUCAAUGACUCUCCAAGCAUAUGCAAUAUUCAUGAUGACCGUGAGAAAAAGUUAUCAAUCUGAUACUUUGUUUGUCUUAUCCGGAAUCGCCCUACGACUAGCACGUAAGAUGGGACUUCAUCGGGAUGGCACAUGUCUUGGGCUGUCUCCAUUCGAAGCUGAAAUGCGGCGGCGACUCUGGUGGCACAUUGCUUAUGUGGACUUCCGGACAGCAGAUGUGCUAGGAACAAGACCAUCCCAAGAUAUUUCUUUUGGUGAUACCAAGAUGCCGUUGAAUGUUGAUGACGAGGAACUUCACCCAGAGAUGGAAGAGUUACCGCAAGCUUGCAAAGGUAUUACAUCGAUUUCACUUAGCAUCAUAAAAUACGAGGUCAUGGAGACUCUGCGGAAAUUUUCAAACGAUUACCCUAGUGAUGUUCGCUGGGAAGCGCUCUUAAGCUCUGAUGUCACGCUUGCUAAGAAGGAUGAGGUCAUAAGCGAGAUUGAAGACCGCUUGGAAAGAAAUUAUCUUCGGUAUUGCGAUCCGUCAAACUCUCUUCAUACAUUCAUAUCAAUUUUGAUCAGAUCGUCGAUAUGCAAGAUGAAACUCUUCGCUCAUACUCAACGCGGAUUCGGUAACAGCAAUAGCUCUGUCAAACCCUCUCAAAGUGACCUCGACAUCGUAUUUACCAAUGCUACUAAGCUUCUUGAGUAUUUGACCUUUAUGCAGGGUCAUCGGGGACUAGAGAAAUACAAGUGGCAGAUUGGCACCAGCUUCUUGUGGAACACACUACUCUAUGUGCUCAUCGAGGCUCGGCAUCGCAAAACUGGGCCUGAGGUUGAUCGUUCAUGGCAAUUAAUCGGCUCAGUCUUCGCACACUAUCCACAGAUAUUCGAAAAAUCAUCUGAUGCUGUGCAUAUCGCACUAGGAAAGUGGACACUAGAAGUUUGGGACCACUACAUUACAGCCUGUAGAGAUGAAGGACGUGCUGAGCCACCAGUACCGGAAUAUAUCGAUGCGAUUCGGCGAUGUCGAAGGCCUGAAAUAGUGCCAGAGUCUAGAGCGGAGGUUGUUGAUACUGCGGCAUUGGACGAUUCUGAAGACAUCAGAAACCAGCCUCAGUCUCAAUUUCAAUAUUUCGAUGUAACUCUCCCUGAUUUCGAACAUGUCGAUAAUGCCCAUGAUUUCCCUGAUCUUUUAUCAUUCGAGAUGGAUCCGAAUGAGUGGGAGCAGUGGGAGCAGUUGGUCUUAAAACAAAGCGGUCUUCCUCAACUCGAUAGUAUGUAA